AUGCCCAAUCGACUGAACAACGAAACCAGCCCUUACCUGUUGCAACACGCCAAUAACCCGGUCGACUGGUACCCCUGGGGCGAUGAGGCGUUGAGCCGCGCACGGGAGGAAGACCGACCCAUCCUGCUCAGCAUCGGCUACUCGGCGUGCCACUGGUGCCACGUUAUGGAGCGAGAAUCCUUCGAGAACGACGAAAUCGCCGCUUUGAUGAACGAUAAUUUCGUCAACAUCAAAGUUGACCGGGAGGAACGGCCCGACCUGGAUGCCGUUUACAUGGAGGCGAUCCAGAUGCUGACCGGCAGUGGCGGAUGGCCAAUGACGGUGUUCCUGACUCCAGAGGGUCGACCAUUCUACGGCGGCACCUAUUUCCCGCCUGAAGACCGGCAAGGGAUGCCGGGUUUCCCCAGGCUGCUGACCGCGGCAAGCCAGGCCUAUAGCACCAACAAGGGCGAGAUUGAACGGGUCACCCGGCAGCUGGCUGACCAGAUGGGUCGCACCGGUCAGAUGCCUCGGGGAACAACCCCGCUCACUACUGAGGCGAUGCACACCGCCUAUUCUCAGCUGGCGACCCAGUUCGACCAUCUGAACGGCGGAUUCGGCAACGCUCCCAAAUUCCCACAACCCAUGACCCCCGAGUUUCUGUUGCGCUACAACCACCACGGGUUCAACCAGCGCGCCCUGGAAAUGGUGGAACUCACGCUGCAAAAAAUGGCUUACGGCGGCAUUUACGACCAGGUGGCCGGCGGGUUUCACCGGUACUCUACUGAUGCCUACUGGCUCGUCCCCCACUUUGAAAAGAUGAUGUACGACAACGCCCUGCUGGCCCGGCUGUAUCUGCACGCCUGGCAAAUUACCGGCAACCCCCUGUACCGUCGCAUCACCGAGGAAACCCUGGAUUACGUCUUGCGCGAGAUGACCGACCCGGCCGGCGGUUUUUAUUCGGCGCAGGAUGCUGACAGCGAGGGCGUGGAGGGCAAGUUUUUCGUCUGGACGCCAGCCGAGUUGCAGGCAAUAUUGGGCGAAGAUGCCGACCUAAUCAUGGGUUACUACGGCGUCACCGAGCGCGGCAAUUUUGAGGGCGCCAACAUCCUCAACGUGACCAAACCCUUCCAGGACUACGCGGAUCAGCGCGGCGUCAGCGAUGAUGAAUUGGCCGCCGCGAUACAACGGUCUCGAACCGGCCUGCUGGAAGCGCGCGAGCAACGAAUCCACCCACUGCUGGACGACAAGGUGUUGACCGCCUGGAACGGCCUGAUGCUGCGGGCGUUCGCCGAAGCCGGCGCCGCAUUGCAACGGUCGGACUAUCUGGAUGCGGCCCGACGCAACGCCGAUUUCCUGCUGGGCACCAUGCGAGAUAGCAACAGCCGGGUCUUACGGACCUGGCGCAAAGGUCAGGCCAAAUUGCUGGGCUAUCUGGAAGAUUACGCGUGCCUGGCCGCCGGACUGCUCGAGCUCCACGAGGCGACACUGGAACCUCGCUGGCUGCAGGAAUCGGUGGCCCUGGCCGACGGCAUGGUCGCGCUGUUCUGGGACGAUGCUGUGGGCGGAUUCUAUGACACCGGCAACGACCAUGAAACCCUGGUAAUCCGUCCGCGCGAUGUGUUCGACAACGCGCAGCCCUGCGGCGGUUCCGUUGCGACCGAUGUACUGUUGCGGUUGGGGGUAGUUACCGGCAAUAACGACUACUCCGCCAAGGGUUCGACGCCGCUGCGUGCCUUGCUGCCGUUGUUUGGUCGCGCUCCGUCGGCCACCGGGCACUGGCUGGGCGCUUUGGAUUUCUACGUCUCGCUACCCAGGGAAGUUGUAAUUGUGGGGCCGGCGGAUCACCCGGAGACCCAAACAAUGCUAGAGGCGGUUGGAACCCGGUUUUUGCCCAACCAGGUGUUGGUGGGCAUGUCCGACCCAUCUGCUCCGCCCGUGCCGGAUUCGCCGCUCCUGGAGCAGCGUGGAAUGCAGGGCGGCGUCCCCACCGCCUACGUUUGCCAGCACUACGCUUGCCAACUGCCCGUCACCAGCGCUGAGGCGCUGGCGAUCCAACUCGAUUCCUGA